GGAACUGGGAGUCACUGGUAGUUACUGGGAGCCAUUGAGGCUGGGGGGGUACUGGGAAUGUGAGAAGAGGGGAACAGGCCCUAACUGGAGGCUACUGGGCGGUACUGGGUCUGGGCAUGGGGGGGUUACUUGGAGUUAACUGGGGCCAUGGGGUGGUUACUGGGAGGCACCGGGACUAGGAAUAGGGAGGUACUGGGUCCAUGAUGGGGUUACUGGGACUUACUGGGAGUUGCCCCCCCAAGGUGCCACCAAUGGCCGAGAGUCACCCGGAGCCGCCAGGCACUGGGCUGAGGGGCCUCGUCCCCCCGUCGCACUUCGUGCUCCGCCCCCCCAGUCCCAGCACCAGGCCCCUGGAGGCGGAGCUUGAUGCUGAGAAGAGGCGUGGCCAAGCCCUGGAGGCAGAGCUAGAUGCUGAGAAGAGGCGUGGCCAAGCCCUGGAGGCAGAGCUAGAUGCUGAGAAGAGGCGUGGCCAAGCCCUGGAGGCAGAGCUAGAUGCUGAGAAGAGGCGUGGCCAAGCCCUGGAGGUGCAGCUUGAGGCUGAGAGGAGGUGUGGUCAGACCCUAGAGGCGGAGCUUGAGGCUGAGAGGAGGCGUGGUCAGACCCUGGAGGCGGAGCUUGAUGCUGAGAGGAGGCAUGGCCAAGCCCUGGAGGCAGAGCUUGAGGCUGAGAAGAGGCGUGGUCAGACCCUGGAGGCGGAGCUUGAUGCUGAGAGGAGGCGUGGUCAAACCCAGGGGGUGGAGUCUGAUGGGGGGCAGCCCCUGGAGGAGUGCCAGGCCCAGGUGCUGUUCCAGGCCCGGCUCAGUGCCCUCGGCCACAUCCUGACCCUGCAGGAGCGCGAGCUGGGCCGUGAGCUGCCCCCCCCCGGGGUGCCCGUGGCAGUGGCCCCCCCCCGGCUGCAGGCGCUUCUGGGGCGCUGGCGGGAGAAGGUCUUUGCCCUCCUGGUGCAGCUGCGGGUGCAGGAGGAGGCGCAGCGGGUGCUGCAGGCGCAGGUGGGGACGCUGGGGGCGGCGGUGGCAGCGGGGACGCGCCGGGUGACACGGCUGGAGCUGAGUCUGCGCGAGAGGGCGGCCACCGCUGAGCUGCAGCGUCGGGACACCAAGCGCCUGGCGCAGGAGGUGAUGCAGCAGCGGGGACGGGCAGAGGCAGCUGAGGAGGCACUGGGGGGACUGGCCCGGGCGGCUGCCAGGCUGGCUGGGGUGGUGACAGCACGCGAGGCUGAGGUGACAGCAGCCACCGGGACCAUGGUCACCCUCAGUGCCCGCCUGCGCCGGGCGGGAGAGCGGCUCCGUGUCCUCCAGGGGCUGGUGGCCCCGGCGGUGGCCUUGGACCGGCCGCGGUGGCAGCGGGACCCAGUGGGGGACGACCCGGUGGCCGAGGUGACAGGCAGCACCCAUCUCCUCGCGGGGACAACGGCCGGGGUCCGGCGCAGCGCGGUGGCCUCGGGGGUGGCUGAGGAGGUGACACACGGCUGGGUGACAAAGGACGAGGUGACGUGGGACAAGGCCACCCCCCACGAGGACAGGAUGGGGCAUCCUUCCAGCAGAGCGGCGCUGAGCUCCCUCGUGACGCAGCUGCAGGCCCUGGGUGCCGCCAUCCUCGGGGACGAUGGGGACAAUGGUGACCCCCCCUGACCCCACUGCGGACCGAGGCAUCUAGGAACCAUUGACCUCCUGGAUGAGUAAGUGGAAAGCUGUUGUUGAACCUUCAUCCUACGGAAAGUAUCCACCUAGAAAGUGUAGCGAGUGUUCCCGGGAGCUUUGUUAACACCCGGUGAGGUGUUAACACCCAGAGAAGAUGUGGAGAACAUCUAAAAAGACAAGAACCUUCACGUGGAGAACAUCUAAAAAGACAAGAAUCUUCACAUGAUGGACAAUCCAAACCCUUCCAUGGGGAAAUGUGUCAUUCCCUCACAGAAAUCUUGAUGGAUAAUUAAGGAAACCAAA